CUCCUUUUUUGUCCCAAGUCUUUAUUGUUGUUCUUCUUCUUCUUAUUUUAUAUAAAAUUAUCACAAACCCCAUUCUUUUGUUUCAGUACUGUGUACAUAUAUAUAUAGAUAUUAAGAGUUCUUAUUGUCUCCGGUGUGCCGGAAUCUAUGGAUGAGUCGUGGCGAAUGCGCAUGGGAAUGCCGAGCCUCCCGCGGCGCCGGUCCACGGAGGAUGCAUCGUCGAAACAGUUCAUUUUUAGCCGUAGCGGCGGCGGCGGCGGCGGUGAGGAAGCCGAAACUCUAGACCCCGAGGACUUUACCGAUGUGUUUGGCGGGCCGCCGCGGAGCGUGCUUAUGAGGAAAUUCUCCGGGGACUUCUUCAAGAACAACGGGGAAUUCUACGGGGAAGUUUUCCGGCCGCCGGAGUUUGUAACUCCGGCUGAUAAGGACGGAAGGAGCUUGCCGGCGUUCAGGAUUCCGGCGAGGGGUGGCGGCGGAGGAGGAGGGGGGUUUUACGGCGAUAUAUUUGGAUCGGAGGAUGAUCUCGACCGGAAGUCGAGGGAUCGGUCGAGACCGAAUUCGAAGGCGAAGUCGAAGUCGAAGUCGAACUCGUCGUCGGUGCUGAGCUCGGAGGAUCUGAGCCCUCUCCACCGGCCGGUGAUCGGAGAUGACGUGGCAUUGUCUUCCUUUGUUUCAAAGCUCAGGCCAAUCAAUAUCCCAUCUAGAUGGAACUCAUCAAUUAUGCCCAAAGAAUAUUCUAAGAAACAAGGGAAGCCUACAUUUCCUAGCAAUAGUUCUUCCUACACCGAGCAAGAAUUCAUGGAAAAUGAGUACCAUGAGAAUUUCAGAAGCUUCUAUAAUGGAUUCCCAAAACGGGUAUCGUCCCCAGAAACCAUUAGUCUUGAACCAAGUUCGUAUCAAAGCGUCAAAGUAUCUGUGGAUGAUUUGGAACUCAUGAACUCCCCUGCAUCAGUUGUCUCUUCGCUUCAUCAGGACCGAGAGGCUGAAUCUGGAUUUCAAGAUCAUGUACUGCCAAAAGAAGAAGAGGGACAAGAAGAAGAUGAAGUUAUGAGCUCUUAUGUCAUUGAGAUCAACUUUGACCAUAGAGAGGGAACCAGUGAAGCAAUUUCUAUUGACGAGGCAGUUGCAUGGGCCAAAGAGAAAUUUCAGACACAUUCUGAGAAAGAUUUGAGCAUGAGACCACAUGACAAUGAGCAAAAUGUUGAAAGAGAAGGAAGCACUAAUGCAAGUGAAUUAUCAAAUCAACCAAUAGAUGAGCAUGGAAUGAUUCAGUCUACAAAGGAAGAAGAACAAAGAAAUUGGACAGUUGAAGAAGAAAAACUACAGCCAGAAAAAGAUGUGGAAGUGGAGCUAUUGGAUGAAUGCAUAAGGGUGUGGUCGGCUGGCAAAGAAACCAACAUAAAGUUGCUGCUUUCAGAACUACAUCAAGUCCUAUGGCCCAAUAGUGGAUGGUAUGCUAUCCCUAUAACAAGCCUAACAGAAAGUACACUAGUGAAGAAAGCUUAUCAAAAAGCAAGGCUUUGUCUCCACCCUGACAAGCUGCAACAAAGAGGAGCAACAAUCCGACAAAAAUACAUUGCAGAGAAAGCUUUCUCCAUCCUUCAGGAUGCAUGGGCUGCUUACGUAUCCCAAGAUAUCUUCCUUGACUAAUGGGACAAUAUGGGAUCCUUUUUGACUUGGAAGUUGAAAACACAAUGAACAAAUCUGAAGAUUCGAUUGCUGAAGCAGUCCCGUGAAACAUGGACAAUGAAUGAAGCAAGUGUUAUUGGUAAAAAUGGUUUGAAAGUCCACUAGAUCAUCAUGUAUUCAAAAGUUUUGUUUGUUUGUUUGUUUGACCUUUUUUUUUUUUUUUUUUUGGUAAUAUGCCGCAUCUCAUUUGCUGUUGUAAAACCCAAUAAGAAUAUAAGCAAUGAGGAUGAGAAUGAGAGUGAUAGUGAUGAUGAUGAUGACUAGAUUGACCUGUAUAUUAUGCCAAGGUUCAGACAAAUUAUU